AUGGCAGCUUCAGACGAGACGAUUCUGAGGAGGCUAUCAAAGGGUAUGGAAGACGUUGAGUGUAUUCUUCGAGAAUGCCGCAAUAGUUCCGUUAUGGUCGGCGUACUUCACGAAGGUGAAGUCAUCUUUUCCGCUGGCUGCGGAUUCCGUGACGUAGCCAAAGGCGAAAAACCUACGGAUGAGACGCUGUACACGAUUGCUUCCGUGUCGAAAACCUUCGUGGUUGCUGCGUUGGGAAUUCUGGUGGCAGAACGUAAAGUGAAGUGGACAGACGUUGUUGGCAACUACAUUCCCGAAUUUCAGCCAAGAGACGACGCUCGAGUAUCAACCGUGGCCACAUUCAAGGACUUUCUUCGCCACUCUGGCGGUAUCACUAAUUAUGUGGUCCCAAUAUCCGGGCCCAAGGGAUCAUUGACAGUGGAUGCAGAACACUUCAUGCUCUCGGCCAACAGUACUCCCACGGGCGACAACUUUGGAUCUUUCUACGACCGGACUUUCGAGUACAGCAACAUUGGCUAUGCAUUAGUCGCAUUGGCCAUAGAGCGAAUUAGUGGAAUGCGCUACGCCGACUUCGUCAGGGAUCGUAUUCUCGAGCCACUGGGAAUGAAUGCGACGGCCAUAUACGAGUCACAAUUGCUCAACUGUGGAAAUGUUGCGCUGGGUGAGAUUCGCUUGGAUGAUGGUACAUGGAUUCUUCAAAAUCAUGAAUGGACAUCGGAAAAGAAAACGCAUACGCUGGCAACAUUUGGUAUUCGCAGUUCUGUCAAAGAUAUGUUGACAUGGUGCUCAGCAAUGAUGGACGCCUUCCACGGGGACACUUCGACUCCUCUGAAACAAGUCGAUACUAUUCUGGACGAUCAUUACUGGCAAUGGCCGGCGAGGAGUGCAGAUGAAAAUGUCGCAGCCUUUCACCUUGGUUGGCUCAAAGUCGUCCUGCCUCAUCGGAUGAUACACUGGGGUAACUGCAACCAGACACUGGCCAACGGCGCCUUCGCUACUGAUCUGGAGUACAUAAAUGCUCACGUGCUAGGACAAACGUCCCGAAAGAUUCUUUCCUACCAAGCAAUGGGCACAAGCAGCGAUGGUACUGCAGCGGUGCGAUUCUUCCCACAGACACGGAGUGCUAUUGUGGUCCUCAGCAGCGGCAUCAAUUACGCAGACCCCAGUGAUUUCACCGCAGCUGUGAUGACACAGGAGCUUUUUGAGCUCACACCGAGAGUGUGCAUUUUGCCCAUGGCUCAGAGGGAGUGCCGGUAUCAGAAGCAACGAUUCGAGAACAUGCUGUCGGAUUGGUUGAAACAUCGGAAUACGACUGCCUUGAAACCAUCACAUGAGGACGCGGUCGACAAUAAGCUCUAG